AUGAUCUUCCUCUGGUACCAGAUGCACCAGUCACUGUCAAUGACCAGAACUGCAAAGACGACAGCUUACCAGGAGAAUAAUGCCAUUUUUUGGCCCCCGGCUCUGGGCUUUGAGUACCUGUCCAAGAACAAGCCGGUCAAUGAUAACAUAAAUUUGCUAAAGUGGUCGAUGCACGAAUUAAGGGCUAGUUCCUACACCAGAGCUGUCUCCGAAAAUUGCAAGAAGCGAACGUCUGUCUUCUUCUACCGGCGCUGGUUCCAGCUAGAAAAAGGACUCAAGACCAGUUUGAAGAACCAGUUUGUAGUUCAAAAUUUGUCCUUAUAA